UUCUACUCCUCUCCAGGCUCGGCUGGGUCCAAGGGAGCCGCUUCUAUGCCAUCCACUAGCAUGCUCAGAGUCGACCACGCCGGCGAAAUUGCUGCAAACACUAUCUAUCAAGCGCAGGCGAACGUAUUUGGUCUUCUAGGAGAUACAAAGACUAAGAAGAUGAUGCUCGAUAUGUGGGAUACGGAAAAAAAGCACCUUAAGGUUGCAGAGAUGCUCCUCGCCCAACAUCGGACGCGACCGUCAGCUUUGCUUCCGGUCUGGAGUCUUGCAGGAAAGAUACUUGGUGCGGCAACAGCGCUUAUAGGAAAGGAAGCAGCAAUGGCGUGCACUGAAGCAGUCGAAACCGUAAUCGGAGAACACUAUGAGGACCAACUCGUGCAUCUGCGCAAAAUCACCACCCAAACCCCGCCAUCGCCGGUCAUGGACCAUUCACAGUCAGCGAGGGAAUCAGAUACGUCAGGGCCAGGGUGCCCAACAUCCGGCCUCCAUCCUUCUCUUCCGCUUCUCUCUGAGGUCAUCACCGAGUUCCGAGAUGACGAGCUCGAACACUUGGACACUGCCGUCGAGCACGACGCUCAACAGGCUCCCGCGCAUGCGUUGCUAAGCGCGAUUGUUGGCUAUGGCUGCAAAGGUGCGAUUCAGAUCGCCAAACGCCUCUGAAUUUGCUACAUUUUUGUAAUUACCAAGUACAAUACAUCCAUUGCGC